UGCUCGUUGGCAGCUGUUUGGGCAGCAUUGCAAACAUAUAGGUGGAUAAAAAAAAUAAACAAAUCAGAAUACUUAAGAGGAGUGGGGAAUAAGUGUUUUGAAUUUUGGAGAAAAAAAUUUCAAAUCUGAAAAUACAAAUUAAAAAAAAGUAAGGGGAGAGAGAGAGAUAGAAAUGAGCUUAAAAAGAAUAAACUUUUAAAAAUUUAAUAUUUAGUUGGAGUCGCCGUUCAGGAAAAUUAAUUUUAAUAGAUGCUUCAACAAUAAUAAAAUUAUUAUUUUUUGGUGCUGACUAUAUUGGAAAUAUAUUUAUUGGGGUAAUGGGUUCUGCUUGUAUUUGGUUAAUUUAUGCAUAUAAAUUACAAACAAAUAUUCAUUAUAUUCCUUUAAGUGGAAAUCAAGAAAAUUCAUUUGUUGCUUAUAUGAUUUCUGCAUUGGCAUUAAAAGGAAUUGCUUUAUUACACACAAUGUUGACAUUAAUUUUGGUAAAAACUUUUUUUAUUGACUGGGAACGUCCACGCUUAUUUUUAAAUAAUUUUGAUGAUUUUGGAAAGAAAAAAUUAUUUGAAGAAAAUAAAGGAAAUGAAAUUGAAAUUGAAAAAGAAGAGGAAGAACAAAAAGAAAGAGGAGAUUUAAAUAAAGUUGUUAUUUGGAGGACAUAUUUAAUUGCAAAUGAAUGGAAUGAAUUACAAUUAUAUAGAAAAACAAAUAUUGGAAUACAAUUAAUUUUAAUGCUUUUUGUAAUGGAAUAUUUAAAUUUUGGUGAAUGGGCAAAAGUUCAGCCAGGUUUUGGAAGAUAUAAUCAACCUAUCGGAGUUAUUGAAACUAAAAUGAGCCGUUUUGCAAUAAAUUUAUCAUUUUAUUUAAUUAUUGGAAUCACUCAAUGGAUUAUACAAGUUAUUGUGAUUGAACGUCUAGCUGAUCCAUUCCGUAAUUUUAUGGAUUUAUGUUCAGUAGCUAAUAUAAGUGUUUUGGCAUUAACACAUCCUUUGAGAGGUUAUUACAUCCACGGACGUUCAGUACAUGGAUAUGCUGAUACAGAUAUGUUACAAAUGAAUACUUUUCUUCAGCGAGAAAAGGAAAAUGUUUGUGCACUUAGAGGUCUUGAAAGUGGUGCCGAUUUACAAACAUUUAUUUGUAAUUUACCUUAUAUAUUUAAUGAAAGAAUAAAUCAAAUAUUGGAGGGAAUGAAUUUAAAAGGAAUUGGGGAUUUUAAUGGAAGAUUGCAACAAAAAAGUGGGCAAUUUGAAAGAACAACAAUAAAAAUGCAACAACAAACAAAAAUAUACAAAGAAUUAAAUAAUUUUUUAAAAGAUUUUAUUAAUCGAGUAGAUCCAAAAUGUGGAGAAUAUAAAUGUAUUGAUGAAAAUUUUAUUGAAGAGAUGUUAAAUAUGGAAUUAAUUGAUACUGGCAAAAUUGGGACAUUUAGAAGAGACAAAUCAGAAAUGGCAUAUAGUUCAGCAUUUAUUUAUGGAAAUGAAUGGGCAUUAAUGUCUUUUGAAUUAUUAUUAUUUUGUGUUGUAGACAUGUUUUGGCUAAACAGAAUAUUUGCUUCUGUUUUUGUUUAUUUAAUUUCAAAAUUAAUUUUAUUAAUUACAAAAAUAUAUUUUACUAAUCAAUUGGCUAAAAGUUGUUUAAUUGACAGUAGAUUUUUGAUUUGA